AUGUCUCAGCUAAAGGUACUGACAGUCGGGGAGAAUCCCAACGUGCUUCUGUACACAUGGAGGCUGCAGGAGGCGAAGGCAGUGGAGCUGUGGCACGUGAGCGGGCACCGCGUGGGCGGGAAGUUCGGGAUCAGCACGCAGCUGUACGGCGAGGCGUCGUUCAGUGUGCAGCGGCACUACGAGACACUGGACGCGCUGAAGCAGGCGGUGGGGCAGGGCGCGUUCGACAUGGUGAUACUGAGCGCGCCGUCGCUGCAGGAGAUGUCGUCGCUGGCGUACCAGCUGAACACGCUCGUGGACGCGACGACCAAGAUCUUUGUGGAGAGCUCGGGCUUCGUGCUGCUGGAACCGUUCGUCAAGAUGUCGGUGGAGUUUGCAGACCUGCAGGUGCUUUCGAUCGUAAGCGAUUACGACAUCCGGCAGACGGGGGAGACGACGUUCGAGCAGUUCAACGCGCGCGAGCGGCAGACGAUAUACAUCGGCAAGUCUGGGGUGAAAGGCAAAAACACAGCGACGCGAUACAGUAAGGACGUGGCGUCGUUGCUGGAGACGUUCCAGUCGUUCUUCCGGAAGUUGUUCUCGCGGGACGCGAUAGACAUAUGCAACUGCUCGUAUGUGGAGUUUCUCUCGCAGCAAUGGCGGCUUGCGAUCCCCCAGAUAUGCUUCGACCCGUUGCUCAUUCUGAUGGAGGAACUCCGGCCCCAGCAGCUCCAGGAACAUAUACUGGCCAAGCCACUGAUUUCCGGAUUUGUCACCGAAAUCAUCACGGUGUCCCGCAGCAUGGGCGCCAAGUUGCUCUAUCCAUUUGACAGUGAGAACGAUCUCUUCAACCACUGGGUCACUAUUAACAAUCAAGAUCUCCCGAAAAUGGUAUACCAUUUCAUGCAGAGGACGGCUUCGCUGGACAUUGACAUGCUAUUGCUGCAGCCGAUCCUGCUUGCGGACGACCACGGUAUUAAGACGCCGUACCUAGAAUUUCUAUAUUCGAUGAUGUGCCAGUUCCAGAAGAUAAACAACGGUCACUCUCGCUGGUUCACAAGGGUGAGCGCAGCCAGUCAGAUGCAGAUCAACAUUCAAAACGUUACCGCGGAACGCGAUGCCCUGAACACGGAAUUGGAAUUACUAAAGCAGUAUAUGGUUGAGAAAGAAAACACCAUGAAUGAGGCGCAAAGGAGCCAAGAGCAAUUGUUUUUAGCACAGGUGGGCGAGUUGAAGUCUGAAGUUGCGCGGCUCAAGGAUGAUUUAGGCCUGGAGAAAAGAAAGAACACAGAGCUUCUGAUGGACUUACAGCGUUCAAAAGUAAAUAAAACACCAGCAGCUAACCCGCCACCUAUGGCUCCUCCUCCGCGUGCCCAAUCCCCUGUUAUUCCUCCGCCGAAAUCUGUGUACGAGCAGCAUGAUAGCGACGGUGGGACCCCAGAUAUGGCCGAUAUUCAGGAAUUUGCCAUGUACGGAAUAACCUAUGAUGACGAACCUGAAAAGAAAGACACUCCACCAAGCGGGGCGAAUAAUGAAGCUCAGCCAGAUGAAGCGAAUAAUGAAGCUCAUCCAGAUGGUCAAGGUUCUCCCAGCAUGUCGGCAUUCUCGCAACGGGACCGCGACCCACGGAGCCGCGAUCUGGAUCAGCAGCGGAGAGGGUAUCCGCCCGGCGUGCCUUACCAAGGCCAUCCAGGCAUGCCGCCGCAAAUGAUGUACAAUGGAUCUUCCAAGCCACACAUGUACCCUCCAGCUGCCAUGAAAGCGGCAAGGGCUGCGGCUAUGGUCAACUAUAGGCCCGUGGCCAACAACUCCCGGGCAAAUAGCCUUGUUGACCCCUACCCUCCUCCGCAGUUGGGACAAGCAGCUUCCGCUUAUCCACAGACAUUCAAAAAGACUGAUAGAAAGAACAGGCAGAGCCACAUGCCUAGUUUACGCAAUGCAUCGAGUACGGGUUUUGACGACUUCUCCGUGCCUCAAGGCGUCCCUCAUGGUAUGCCAAGGAUCCAUCAGCGCGGCUACGGAAAUCCUGCCCAUAGAAUGACUCUCCAAACCCCUCUGAACUAUCAGCAAAAGCUCAACAGCAUGCACGGGUCGCAUGCCCAGCAAAAACAGAUCCAGCGUCAGAUAAGCGCUGCCAGCGCACUCGAUGACGGGAAUACCAUCACCGCAAUGGUCCAGCAUUUGAUGCCCAAGAAGAAAGACCAGCCACCGCAGCAACAGGGACCCUAUGGCUCUCCGCCAAACUCUGGCAACAGCUCCACGUACGGCGGCAGCCCUGCUGCCACCGCGCCGUCUGCAUCCGUAAAUGCUCCCGCCGCCGAUGACGGCCAAAACGCUGUGCCACAGCCGCACAGCGCCCCUGCGCUAUCCGCUAACGGUAACACAGCCCCUAUGUCGGGAAACUCGGUUAGCCUUAGUAAUGGCUCAUCAGCAGGGCCCGGUUUGUCACAACAGUCAAACUCUCUGGACUGGAAGCAGACACCGCCAAGCAGUGGCGGAAGCGUAACCGAAAGAAAGCCAAAGCUCGCUCUAUUCGCUAAGAAAAAAUAA